UGCCGUUGCCAGGGGCUCGGCGGGCAGCGAUGGUGAAGGAAACUAUCCGGGUGUACGCGCGGGUGAAGCCGCUGGGCAGGCGGCAGCAGGCGGGGAGUUAUUCAGUGGAUGAUGAGGAGGAUCUUCUCUCCAGUCUGGAGAUUACUGUGCCACGUGACUUAGCAGAUGGGUUCGUCAAUAAUAAACGAGAGACCUACAAGUUCAAAUUUCAGAAAAUUUUUGAUCAAGAAGCAAAACAAGAUGUGAUUUUUGACAGCAUUGCCAAACCAGUAGCAGAAUGUGUUUUGGCUGGAUAUAAUGGUACUAUCUUUGCAUAUGGUCAGACAGGCAGUGGCAAAACUUUUACCAUCACAGGAGGAGCAGAACGUUACAGUGAUCGAGGCAUUAUUCCCAGGACUCUAUCUUAUAUUUUUGAUCAACUGCAGAAGGACAGCAGUAAAGUGUAUACAACUCAUGUUUCCUACUUAGAAAUCUACAAUGAAUGUGGUUAUGAUCUGCUGGACCCAAGGCAUGAGGCCUCCAGAUUGGAAGAUUUGCCAAAAGUGACAAUAAUGGAAGACUCUGAUCAAAACAUUCAUCUGAAAAACUUGUCUCUUCAGCAAGCGACCAACGAAGAGGAAGCCUUAAACCUACUCUUCUUGGGAGACACCAACAGAAUGAUUGCUGAGACACCAAUGAAUCAAGCCUCAAGCCGAUCUCACUGCAUUUUCACUGUUCACGUCUCCAGCAAGGAACCUGGAUCUGCAACUAUCAGACGCUCCAAGUUGCACUUAGUAGACCUUGCUGGAUCAGAACGUGUUGCAAAGACUGGAGUUGGAGGUCACUUGCUGACAGAAGCCAAAUAUAUCAACUUGUCAUUACAUUAUUUGGAACAGGUAAUAAUUGCCCUUGCAGAGAAAAACCGGUCCCACAUUCCUUAUCGAAACUCUAUGAUGACUUCAGUGCUAAGAGACAGCCUGGGAGGAAACUGCAUGACUACCAUGAUAGCAACACUCUCUAUAGACAAAAGAAACAUAGAUGAAUCUAUAUCAACCUGCAGAUUUGCACAGCGAGUUGCUCUUAUUAAGAAUGAAGCAGUUCUUAAUGAAGAAAUCGACCCCAGAUUGAUGAUUGUCCAGCUGAAAAAGGAAAUCCAGGAUUUGAAGGAUGAGUUGGAGCUGGUGACUGGCAAGCAAAGAACGUCAGAGCUUUCACAAGAAGAGCUGCUUCAGUUGGAUGAGUUAAUUGAAAUGUUUCUCAAAGAUAAGGAUCCUGAUAGCACACUGGAUGUUGGUGCUGACAUGCGCAAGAUCAAGUAUUGCUUCAUUCAUAUGAAGCAACUGAUGAAUCAUCCCACAAUUUCUGAUAAAAAGCUGCUCUCACAAAACAUCUCUGAAGAAGAAGACAGUAACAAAGAAUCAGGAGAAGAACUGGAAAAACUUAAAGACCUUCUGCAGCAAAGAGACAAUGAAAUCAAUAUUCUGGUAAAUAUGCUAAAAAAAGAAAAAAAGAAAGCACAAGAUGCUCUUUUCCAGCUUAAUGCCAGCUCUGCUUGUUCUACAGUCUUGGAGCAGUCUCUAUCUAUAAACUUGGAAGAUAGGCAGAGCCCAUCUAACUGUUUUAGUCUGAAAGGGGCAAAAGAUUUCAGCUCUUCUGUUCACAGACUACCUUUUCUUUCUAGACAAACAGGAGGAAAGAUGUCACUUGGAUGUCAGGAAGCUUUUGAAGUUUUCAAGCGAGACCAUGCUGACAGUAUAACCAUUGAGGACAACAAACAGCUUCUGAAACAGAGGUUUGCUGAAGUUAAAUGCCUUGGAGAAAAGCUAAAUGAAGUGAGAAGUAAAAUAAACUGUCUGAAGGGAGAGAUAACCCAGAGGCACAUUCAGAGAGCAGCUCUAGCUGUUUCAAGUCCUUCUGAAGAGUUAAAUAUGUUUGAUCCAGUAGAAGAGAAACUUAGAAUGCAAAUUGAAGAAGAAAAAAAAAGUUAUAAAACAAUGUUCAAUCGCUUCAAAGGGCUGAAGGUAGAGAUUGAGCACCUACAGCUUCUUAUGGAAAAAGUAAAGAUGAAGAUGCAAAAAGACUUUGAAGUCUGGUGGUCUGAAGAGGCAAAAAAUUUACAGCAGGAAAAGCCAGAGAUGGUUACAUCACCAAAUACUGUGACUGUUUAUCCCCAGUUUAUCAAAUCCUUGCAGCAUCUAUCAACUAACAGUUUUUCAGAGAUCACAAGAGUCAGCCCUAAUGAAGAUCCACCUGGGAAAAACAAUUCCAUCACUUUUAGUAAUCCGACUUUAAAAACAAGGACCCCACAAAGUUCAAGUACAUCUAUUCCUCUGACUGGAGACAGCCAGGCUGAUGCUGACAUCCUAGCUUUCAUGAAAGCAAGACAGAGGAUCCUGCAAAGGAAAGGCUUGGAGAACAAAUGAAAUUCUUGUCACAGUCCACCAUUUCCUUUUAGAAAAAGUGAAAGACCUUUAUUCUUUCCCUUCCUGUUCUGUUUAGAAACAGGUACAAGUAAGUACUGUAGAUGUACAGGUUUAAUUGUUAAAGGUAUAUAAAUGAUUCGUCUUUGACAGCAAAAUCCAUUUCUCUGGCAAUAGAUUUUUGAGUAUUUGCACUCACUAUCUUCAUCUUGCAUUAAGAUUAUGCAAAACUGAAACAACUAAUCAGGAGUUCGCCAAAUAUGUUUGUUUAUGAGAAUUCAUUGUAUGUUUUCUAAAUGUUAAAAUUAUCUAAUGUGUUAAUGCUAUUCUACAUCUUUAAUCUGGGAAACUUAUUACUACUGAUAGUUUUGUUUGCAUCAAUUUGCAUAAGGCUUUAUUAAUUACAUCUAUUUGCCAUUAAGAGAUAUCUAUUCAAUAAUAGUAGUUAUCCGGGUUAUAAAAUUCUAUAGAAUUUCAUUUGAGGCUUUUUUUCCUCCAAGGAAUAGAAGUUUUCAUAUCAGAUUAUUAGAAUACUGAGAUUGCCUUGUAAUAUAAAAAAAAUGUAUUUUAGAAAGUAAUUUUCGCAACUGUUUUCUUUUUAUUUGAAUGGAUUGUGUUGUGCAAAAUAUAUACCCUCCUAGAAUAUGCAGGUUUCCGAAGAAACAAUUACACUUAAGAGGUUUAAAAUAGAACUGAGCAAACACUUCUAAAACACAAAUGAGAUGUGGAAGUUUAAAUGCAGUUAUAUCUUAUGUAAAAUGUAAGUUCACUAUUGGCUCAGUACUACUUUAUUGGAUAAUAUCUAGGUAUGUAACAACUUAUUUCACACAUCAGACCAAAAUCAAAAAAUGCAAUGCAAAAUACAGUCUAUUUCUCUGAGACAUACUUACUACCAGACUGAAAAUAUAAUUUUCCAUGCUAGUGAUAAUCUUAUAGUCAUGCAUUUGGAAGGAUUUGGGUUGUUUAUAUAAAAAUAAAAGAAUGUAUUGACAGAAGUCACAUAUUCUUAAGGAUGUAUAUUUCUUUAAGUUAUUGAUACUUAAUUCUGUGUCAAAUUCCUAAUUAUACAGAGGUACGUGGUGAAUUGCUAUGUUCAAACCUACAGAAUAUAUACAUUUAUCUACUUAACAACUAAUAUGCAAUCAAUUUAAAAAAAUUAAAGUUAUACCUUUUUUUGCCUUUUAAUUUUCUGUAAAAGUCAGCACAGCUACCACAUAAAUUGGUAAUCUUUAUGCAGGAUUUAGUAUGUACAAGGUGAGAUAAAAGUCAGAUCUACUCUUGCUUUGGAAAGAGGGAGUUCCAGGAUUUGGUCAGAGGUGGAAAAAUGGCUUCUUUGUUGGAGAUUAUAUUAAAAUGUCCCUCUUCCAGAAUUUUUAUCUGUCUUUCUUCUUCUCACUCUGUUAUAUAUAAACACUGCAUUAAAUACACACUGAGUUAUUGUUUAUGCAGCUUCUGAUGAGAGCAGGGCCACUGACCGUGCUACCUGGAGAAGAGCCAGAGGUUCCAAACUGUUGCUGGGUGAAGCAGCUGUCUUUUUUGGUUUCCAGUAGAAUUCCCAUUGUGGUGAAUUUAUAUGAAGAUGGCCAAAAGAAAAUCACUGGUACAAAAACUCCUUCCUUUUGGCAUUGAAGCAUUUCCAAUAGCUUUAAGUAACUGGUUAAGAGGAUACCAGUGCAACCCUGGUAUCUAUGUGAUGCUACUAUUUCUUGAUGAUUCGGUGUUCUGUUCUCAGUUUACCUCACAUCUCACCCACAGAGAGAAAAAAUUCCUUGCUCUUCUGUUUCAAAAUUCUCUAGCCUGUUUUUACACUGUUGUAAAUUUGGUGUGAAAUUCAAUCAUUGUCAACAAAGUAGUCCCUGAUUGGCAAAAUGGUCUCAGAGUAAGACUAUACCAAACACUUAAGAACUUGGACAAAAGUGCAGCCAGUAAUAGAAAACCAUAUAAAUAUAUAAAACCAUAUAUACAAAUACAAAGCUUUCUUACUUCUUUGAAAAAUUUCAUAAUAUCAUAUGGAAAGAAAAGAUUGCUCAUUCAGUAAACAACAGUCUUCAGACAUAAAGCAUUCUCUUUUCAAAGAAAUUGCCUCCACUUUUCAAAAGUUGCCUCUUGGGUUUACAGGAAAUAUCAGGUUGGAAAGGACCUCAGCAGGUCUUUAAUCUCACCUCUUCCUCAAAACAGCAUCAGCUAUGAGAUCAAAUCAAGAUGCUGAGGGCUUUGUUCACUGUGGUCUUGAAAACCUCCAAGGAUGGAGACUGCAUAACCUUUCUAAGCAGUCCAUUUCAGUGUUUGACUGUCCUCAUCAUGAAAACAUUUUCUCUUAUGUCCAGCCUUUUGUCCUAUGCCUUUUGUCCUUCUCCUAUGUCCUUUUUUGCCCAUUGUCUCUCUUCCUCUCACAAGCCACACUGUCAAAAGCCUGGUUCCAGCUUCUUAAUGUCUUUCUCACAGGUGUGAGAAGGCUAUUGGGGCACUUCCCUAAGUCUACUUGGCUUCACGAAAGCAUUUAUUGCUUCAAAAAGUUUAAUUGGCCACAAGUGAACAAAGUUUCUUGUUCUAAUAAUCUCUCUUCAUAUAAUUGCAAGAUUAAUUUGAAAUAACCCAAGUAUUUACCACAUUGAAGAAACAGAGGCCCACAUUUAUACUGGUAUUGACUCCUCCCUAAGCCACAUGUAAAACAGUAUUGCUAAGCAUGGAGAUGUUCAUAUGGUAAAUACCAUUUUUUUUAUUAUCUGCAAUCGGAAUAAAUCUUUUUUUUUUUUUUUUUUGGUGGAGAUUUCUGGAGGAAGUAGCUGUAGAGUACUAGAUAUCAUAUAGAUAUUUCUGGGAUUAAUUGAUACCAGACAUUGUGGAUCAUCUUGUAUUUCAACAUAUUUCCAAUCUUCUACAUGGUUUAUUUCAGAAACAGAUACACAUCCUCUGGUCUCCUACAGCAGUGUAGCUUCUGGAAGAGUCAGGGUGUGACCCAGACUUACAAUAAAGGUCAAAGGCUCUGUUCUCAUUUAUGCUGAGUCUGCCAGGGCUCUAUACACAGUCUGGAAUGGCAUUAGGGAAACCCUUAAGCUAAGAAGCUCUUGGCUUGGGCACUUUACCACUUCCUGGCCACUGCAGCUUUCCAGAGAGCUUCAAAAAGAAAAUUACAUAACCUUAAGUUGAGUUUCUCUUGCUUGGAAGAUGGACAUGCAUAAUUCAAUCUCCCUCUGUCACUCCUACACUUUUUAAGAAAGAGGCUAUGAAAUGGAAUAAUGAGGUUCACCUGUGUAACAGUGUAAGCAUAUAAUGUAAUAUACACUUACCUGGUUUAAUCAAUCACAGGAUGCAAGUAUUUUAUGUCAAUAGUAUGUCAAUAGUAUAAACUGAGAACACUUCAACAUAAUAAAAUGUUAAGAUCUUGUAAA